AUGGCGGACAAGAUGAAUUUGCUUGCGUGUUUCCUGUUUACUUGUCACAUUUACUUGGUGUUUUCCAACGAACUUGCCAGAGGAUGGGGAAAUGACAUAGCAUGGGUGAAACUAGAUGAUGGUCUGAUUCAAGCGAAGAAAGAAAAUAAACCUGUAAUGCUGAUUAUACAUAAAUCCUGGUGCGGCGCAUGCAAAUCAUUAAAACCUAAAUUUGAAGCAUCACAAGCUAUAAAAGAAGUCAGUCAGGAGUUUGUUAUGGUUAAUGCUGAGGAUGAUGAAGAGCCAGGAGAUUCUAAAUUUACACCUGACGGGGGAUACAUUCCACGUAUUUUCUUUUUAGAUUCUGAUGGAAAUGUAUUAAACGACCAUUACAAUAAGGACGGUAACAGUCAAUACAAGUAUUAUUACUAUAGUCCUGACCAUAUUGUUAAAAGCAUGAAAGGCGUAUUGGAAACAUUAAAAAGUGGUAAUACAGCAACCAAUGAAGAAUUAUGACGGGAUAAAGAGUAGACGUAUGAUAUCCUAGAUGAAUGAAAGAUAUUGAAGAAACUGUAUAUGAAUUAGCUUUAUGUGGAAAAAUCUUUUUCUUAACAGCUUUAUGGAUUUUUUUUUAUAUUCUUAUGUUUUAGAUUGUGAUCAUUUGAAUUUCGAUUUGUUUCUUUCUGAAAGUAUGAGUGGAAACUCUCUGACAAUUUCAAUAUUUUAUAACUUAAAAUUUGGAAACAUACAAGUAGAAGCAGGUCCUUCUUAGCAUUCACGACCAUUUACCUGACAUUCCUUUUUUUCAAAAUUUUCACAAUUGCUAGUAUUUAUUAUGUAGUGCUGAUAAGAUGUUAGAUUUUGCAAGGGAAAUAAGGUCUAGAAUGUGUUUAUUAAACUGUUAUGGCUUUUAUUAUUGGUACUUUAGAAUGUUUUGGAUUUUGGAUGUUUUUUACAACACAGAUCAUAUUUUUACCAGUAUUAUUACAGGUAUUCAUAAAUUGUCUGAAAAACGUUUUGUUGUUUUGAUGUCUGAUAUUCCUUGUACUCUUUAGUGGUUAAUACUAAACCAGUCCUUGUGUUCUAGGAUCAGGUAAAGCACUAAUUGAGUUAAUUAUUUAAUUGAACAACGAAUUUGCAUGGUGUGUCUCCUGUGUUAUUUCUGAAGAAGAUUAAAUUGUCAAGUGUCUUCUGUUUGAUUAUCUCCCCUUUUCAUGAAGUGACUGAAUGAAUAAUUGGAAAGAGUAGUUUAUGUGUAUCAUUUGCUUUAAUAAAAUAUAAAAAAUAACA